AUGAUAAAGAAAUCGAAGGGAUUUGGUUAUUCGACGCAACAGGGUUUAUUACCAGAAUAUUUGGCAAACAGAUUAGUAAGAAGAUUUAACGAUCAUGAAAGAAGUCUGAGAAAUAAUAAUGAAUUUUCAUUACCAAUAUUCAAAAAGUCAAUCACUGACACCCAAAUAUUCAAAGUUCAUAAAUGGGUUUUACCCAAAGUUGCUUGGACUGACACAGAAAUUUUAAAGCACACAAAGUUGUCCUAG